GGGCAGCACUAAGCCAUCCCGUGCGGUGACAGAGGCGGCGGCAGCGCUGGGCAGGCUCCGGGCGAAGGCAGGAGCGAAGUUCAGCAGCGCCGGAGGGGCCGUGCAGAGCCGAGCCGAGCCGAGCCGCGCCGGGGGGACCAUGCCGUCCUACACYGUCACGGUGGCCACGGGCACCCAGUGGUUCGCGGGCACCGACGACUACGUGUACCUGACCCUGCUGGGCACGGCUCGCUGCAGCGAGAGGCACCUCCUGGACAAGCCCUUCUACAACGACUUCGAGCGCGGCGCGGUUGACUCCUAUGAUGUGACUGUGGAAGAAGACCUUGGAGAAAUUCAGCUGAUAAAAAUUGAGAAACGGAAAUACUGGUACCAGGAUGACUGGUACCUCAAGUACAUCACUGUUAAAACACCGGUGGGUGACUAUUUGGAGUUCCCAUGUUACCGCUGGAUUACGGAUGAAAAGGAGAUUGUSCUUCGAGAUGGAAGAGCAAAGCUCCCCCGAGAUGACAAGACUCAGAUUCUCAAGCAGCACAGACGCAAAGAGCUCGAGUCCCGUCAGAAAAUGUACCGCUGGAAGGAGUGGCAUCCAGGCUUCCCCCUGAGCAUUGAUGCCCAUUCUCACAGUGCACUGCCUCGUGACAUCCAGUUUGACAACGAGAAGGGAAUUGACUUCAUCCUGAACUACACAAAAGCGAUGGAGAAUCUUUAUGUCAACCGUUUCAUGCACAUGUUCCAGUCCUCCUGGAGUGAUUUUGCAGAUUUUGAGAAGAUCUUUGUCAGAAUCAGCAAUACAAUCUCUGAAUAUGUGAUGCAACACUGGAAGGAAGAUUUYAUGUUUGGCUACCAGUUCCUGAAUGGAUGCAAUCCUGUGCUGAUCAGAAGAUGCACAGAGAUACCCAAGAAGCUGCCUGUGACCAUGGAUAUGGUGGAAUGCAGUCUGGAGAGGAACCUGACCCUGGAUGAGGAAGUGAAGCAAGGAAAUAUUUUCAUUGUGGACUAUGAGCUGCUUGAUGGUGUGGAUGCCAAUAAAACAGACCCGUGCACAGUGCAGUACUUGGCUGCACCCAUCUGUCUGCUGUAUAAGAAUCUGCAGAAAAAAAUUGUACCCAUUGCAAUCCAGCUUGGUCAAAAGCCUGGACCAGACAAUCCCAUCUUCCUUCCUUCAGAUGCCACAUAUGACUGGCUGCUGGCUAAAAUCUGGGUCCGCUCAUCYGAUUUCCACAUCCACCAGACAGUGACCCACCUCUUACGGACACACUUGGUGUCAGAGGUGUUCAGCAUUGCUAUGUUCCGGCAGCUGCCUGCCGUGCAUCCCCUCUUCAAGCUCUUGGUGCCACAUAUGCGGUUCACAAUAGCCAUCAACACCAAAGCCCGAGAACAGCUGAUCUGUGAAUGUGGCCUCUUUGACAAGGCAAAUGCUACGGGUGGAGGAGGACAUGUACAAAUGGUGCAGAAAGCAAUGAAGGAUCUGACUUAUGGUUCCCUCUGCUUCCCUGAGGAGAUCAAAGCUAAAGGGAUGGACAGCAAAGAGGAUAUCCCCUACUACUACUACCGGGAUGAUGGCAUUAAAGUCUGGGAGGCUAUAAAGAGUUUUGCGGAGGAUGUGAUUCACAUCUACUACGAGAGCGACGAGGUGGUGUGUGAGGAUGUGGAGCUYCAGGCCUUUGUCAAAGACAUUUAUGUCUAUGGGAUGAGGGGUGUGAAAGCCUCAGGGUUCCCUAAGAUGAUCAGGACCCGAGAGACACUAGCAGAAUAUCUCACAGUGAUAAUAUUCACCACAUCGGCUCAACAUGCAGCUGUGAAUUUUGGUCAGUAUGACUGGUGUUCCUGGAUCCCCAACGCCCCACCAACAAUGCGCUGCCCUCCUCCAACAGCCAAGGGGACAGUCACCAUCGAGCAAAUUGUGGAGACUCUGCCAGACAGGGGRCGUUCUUGUUGGCACCUUGGAGCUGUCUGGGCCUUGAGCCAAUUCCAGGACAAAGAACURUUUCUAGGCAUGUACCCAGAUGAACACUUCGUGGAGAAGCCAGUGAAAGAGGCAAUGGCAAAAUUCCGCAAGAAUUUGGAUGAGAUUGUCAGCAGCAUCAGCGAGCGCAACAAGAACAAAAAGCUUCCUUACUACUACCUGUCCCCAGACCGCAUCCCCAACAGCGUUGCUGUUUGAGCACGUGGCCAGCAGAGUUUGGAGGCCUGUAAAGCCAAUCAUGUCUUUCUGUUACACAUGCUUCUUCAACUGGCUUUUCAGAAACGGAUAAGAAACCAACCCUCUCCUUCAGAGCUGGCCCAAGUCUCUUUGAACCUUCAGAAUAAAUUUGGUCAUGACUGAUUUUGCAAACAAAGUCUAACUGACAGCCCUCUAGGUCAAAUUUGUCACAAAUUUAUUUUUCCAGGAUUUUUAAACUAAUCUUAGACUUCAAUAUACAUGUUUCUGUUAUCUUUCCUUCUCCUUGUCAAAACAAUGUAAUCACAGAUUCACUUACUCACUGAAUGGAAAUAGUAUCAUGAGCAAUAAGCAAGUCAYGUUUUAAAAUCCUUCCUGUUUUUAAUAGGUGCCACUGUUGGCAUAGGAAAAGAUAAUCUUUAAAGUUUAUGUAUUGCUUUGAAUCKGAUUAAUGUCAUUACCACUGUGAAUAGUGUCAUCAGGAUCAAGGUAGAAGCAGGACAUUUCUUAACAUAUCUGAUGGGGUUUUAUCACUUUCUUACCCAGUUUGUGUGAAAUGAGUUCUCACAGGAGAUGAAAAUUUUGUACCURCAUAAGCCUACAUAUUUUCUGCAUCAAACUAGGAAGGUUUGUUUUGGCCUCUGCCAGCAGAGCUUGAUGUCACAUAUAGGGACAAACUUAAGAGAAUGGGAAUAAGUACAGACUUAAAACAGAAUUUAUGUUUUUUGCUGAGGCUGAUGGGGUUCGUGGACAGUUUCAUCUGUUUUGUGGGGAAUGAAGAGGCUACUUUGUAUAAUGGAAAAAUUUGUGGAGAAGGCUUCAUUGACAGCUUCUAAGAGGAACCCUUAGAAUUUGCCAGUUAAGGAUAACUGGCUGUGUUCCAACUUAGCUACAAACCACCGAGUUUUGUCUGUUUCACUUAGGGAUGUUCAGGUUCAAGCACUUUGGCAUUGGUUAAAGUUGAGAAAGUCCCUGAGAAAAGCAAACUUGAGGUUUGUGAAACUGAAGAGUUGUGGUUUUGUUGAUUAGAAUUUAGGUUUAUUUUUUCUGAGAAUUUGUUCAGUGUACAAAAUCCACCAGCCUGCAGAGUGUUUUCUCAAUAGAUAAAGAAGUUUCUUGUGCUAAUAAAAAAACCCUGAACAUCUAGCUUUUAUUUCAUAAUUCAGCAUCUACUGCUGUAUGUCUCAAAAACCUUGUAGGAAUAAACACGACGUGCUGUGUAGAGAAAUGAAGUAGUUAUUUCUAUCUUUCACGUGUGAUUUGGAAAAGAGUGCUAAAAUAUACAUACUUUCACAUGAA